CGUCUGUGUGAAAGCCCUGCCGUCGCCUUGUCGAGUCAUCGCCAGAGAAGAGCGCAGAGCAGACGGAUCCGCCGUCCGAUGGCUUGAAAACGGGGGAAUAACUGUGGAUCACAGCGGAUUUAUUGCGCCACACAAGCCAAAGAGGCGGUUACUGGAGCGGGUUGGAUGUUGAUACGGAUGAGGAUUUAGCAUCUUUGAGUAGAGACUGUUGCCGUUUUUUUGGUUGCAGUUGCAGACCCGGACACAGACAACACAGACACAGACAGAAAGAAGUACCAGAGCUGCCGCGACAGCAGCGAGCGAACUUGGCUUCUCUGCCCUCUGGGAGGUGUCAGUCUGUCGGCUGUGGCUCGCUGCACGUACCGCUCACCGCUUCGCCGCUCUCGGACCUUUUUUUUUUUUAAUUUUUUUAAUUUUUUAAGAGGGAUAACGUUGUAGCUAAGUUAUGCUUUUGUAAAUAGCUUCAUUUCUGGAGGUUUUCGGCAACCAACUGUGGCUUUAAUGUGACGCACUAUACUGACAUUAGUGCUGUGUGUCGGAGCGGACCCCCUCUGCAGAGGAGUUAAAGGCUUUUAAAUCAAGUUUUUACCUUUUAUAUUUCUACGGUACCAACACAACCAACACCAAUGUAAGAGUGACAAGAGCCGAAGCGGAUCAAGCUGGGCCAGGCUUGGCCAGGCUAGGCCUACCUAGCCUUCUGUCUGGCCUCACCGGACGUGUCAGCAACUUCUACAGGGAGUCCUAUCUUCAACGGGCUGUGAGGGCUUCAGCCUGUUCACAGACCUCCAGGUCAAGCUGUAACAGAUUGGAUUCCAAACAUAUUUUGACUUACCAGCCUUUGGGUGGCCAUACUGGUCUGUUAGAUCUCCAGUCCUUCCAUGUCAUGGUCGUCCCUCUCUGGAUGUUGGCAUCAGGAUGGAUUCAGGUGUUAAUUUGACGUUUGUCACCUCAUUGCAGUGCUUGCACCCCCCCUCAUCUGACUGCCUUUCAUCCCUUCCCUCGCCAAUCUUUAAGCAAAAGCCCCAUCCUCUUUCUUGGGGCUUCCCUGAGCCCUGUACAGAAGGGUCUUGUAGGAACUGUUGGUUGUCUUGUUGAAACAGUGGCAAAGAGGAAGUAGAGUUAAUAAAUCCUUGAUUUGAAAAAAAAGAAGAAAGGAAAUUGACAAUGAAAAUUGCUGCAUUCAGUUAAUUUUAUCCAUUUAUUUACUGCACUCCCGUCCCCUUUGUAUUUCCUGGAGUUUUUCAAAGGUUGGAGAGCCUGCAUACUCACCCUUUAAACAUAGGUUGGUCCGAUUACUCACAUGAAAUAAGUCUUUAUUUAUACAUCCAGAAUUUCUCUUUUGUGGUCUGAGCCUCGGGGAGGAAUGUCUGAAAGCAAUAGCAGCACCAAAACGGUGAUAUUCAUUGCCCCGGCCUCCCCUCCUCCCUCCGCCUCUCCCUGUCCAUCACCCCAGACCCCCCACAAAAAUGUGAACGGUUCUGCCAGUUCAGACUCGCAGGUGGUGGAGAAGCUCAGUGGACACCCUGAGGUUCAACGUAGGCGCCACACGAUGGAUAGAGACUCUAAAACAGCCGAGCACCGUUUCUUCCGCCGGAGUGUCAUUUGUGACUCCAAUGCCACAGCUUUGGACCUGCCCAGCAAAGCAGCUGUGAUACUCACCUCACCCCCAGACUGUGAAGGAUGUCCCAUCUUCUUCCCUCUGCAGCCCUCUGGUCCUGGACCUGGGGCACAAGAGGUCGAAGGUGCGGAGGUCCCAAGAGCUCCCUACGUGCAAACGUCAACCCUUCAGCCUGGUCUUGGACUUGGUGGGGCAGUUGCAGAGGGGCAUGUAGAAAAUGCUGAGGAAGAUUUAGUGGAGGGCAGUAUCACGGUUGCUGUUCCCACUGGUAGCAGUGUUGAACAUAGUGCAGAUGGGACAGUAAAAGAACCCAGCCCGACAGUAUUGGAUGUUACCAACAAAACAGUAGACAAACAGCCGGAAAUCAUAUUGCGUCCGAGAGGGUCAGAGAGCACACAACAGGUGGCGAAAGACAUAAAAGCAUCAGAACGCGUGGACGAGGGUAGCGUUAGUAGUCCGAGUGAGGAGAAAGAAAGGGAGACGGAGGAGGAGAGGGAGCUAGCAAAAGCACGGGCAGAGCAGAGGGAGGCUGAGAAACGAGUGCAAGAGGAUAUAGAGGAGGUGGAGACAAAAGCUGUGGGGACUUCACCAGAUGGACGCUUCCUCAAAUUUGACAUCGAGAUUGGAAGAGGGUCCUUUAAGACUGUGUACAAGGGUCUGGAUACAGAGACUACUGUGGAAGUGGCGUGGUGUGAGCUCCAGGAUCGCAAGCUGUCCAAGUCGGAGCGUCAGCGCUUCAAAGAAGAGGCCGGGAUGUUGAAGGGUCUCCAGCAUCCUAACAUUGUCCGUUUCUAUGACUCCUGGGAGGGCCCAUGCAAAGGAAAGAAAUGUAUUGUUCUGGUCACUGAGCUCAUGACAUCUGGAACACUUAAAACCUACCUGAAGCGUUUCAAAGUGAUGAAAAUCAAGGUUCUGCGUUCCUGGUGCAGACAGAUCCUCAAAGGCCUCCACUUCCUGCACACCAGAGCCCCGCCCAUCAUUCACAGGGACCUGAAAUGUGACAACAUCUUCAUCACGGGGCCCACAGGCUCUGUGAAGAUCGGGGAUCUGGGUUUAGCAACGCUAAAGAGGGCCUCCUUUGCCAAGAGUGUCAUAGGAACUCCAGAGUUCAUGGCUCCAGAGAUGUACGAGGAGAAGUACGAUGAAUCUGUAGACGUGUACGCCUUUGGGAUGUGUAUGCUGGAGAUGGCUACCUCAGAGUACCCCUACUCUGAAUGUCAGAAUGCCGCCCAGAUCUACAGGCGGGUCACAAGUGGAGUGAAGCCUGGCAGUUUUGACAAGGUAGCCAUUCCUGAGGUGAAGGAAAUUAUAGAGGGCUGCAUCAGAACGAACAAAGAUGAGAGGUAUGCUAUAAAGAUCCUGUUGAACCAUGCGUUCUUCCAGGAAGACACCGGGGUCAGGGUUGAAUUAGCAGAGGAGGAUGAUGGGGAAAUGAUUGCCAUCAAACUCUGGCUCAGGAUAGAAGACGUCAAGAAGCUCAAAGGCAAAUACAAAGACAACGAAGCCAUCGAGUUUUCCUUUGACUUGAACAAGGAUGUCCCUGAAGAUGUGGCCCAGGAAAUGGUUGAGUCUGGCUAUGUUGCUGAGGGCGACCAUAAGACCAUGGCGAAGGCUAUUAAGGACCGUGUGUCUCUGAUCCGGAGGAAGAGAGAACAGAGGCAGCUGGUACGAGAGGAACAGGAGAAGAGAAAACUGGAGACUGAACAGCAACUACAGCAGCAGCAGCAACAACAACAACAACAACAACAGCAGCAGCAGCAACAGCAGCAACAGCAGCAGCAACAGCAGCAACAGCAGCAACAACAGCAGCAACAACUCCAACAAGAGGCACUUAAAUCUUCACACACACAGGCAGAGGCAGAGGAGACUGAAGUGGAGCCACAGCAGCUUCACUAUCAGCAGACCGGCAUCUCGCAUACAUCUGAAGGAGGUAUGGACAGUGGCCAAGGUUCCUCAGUUUUCUCCUCAGACUCCCCCCACCUGGGUCAGCUGACCAUGUCCUACAGCUGCCCCCCCUCCAGCCAGCCCCCUUCGCAACCCCAAACCCCUUACCCCUCCACCCCCUCCGCUAACCCGCAGCAGCACCCAGGCUAUGCCCAGCCGCCGCAGCCAAUGCCUGCGUUGCGCCGUCGUCGAAGUCGUAGCAUGUCUGUUUGCGUCCCCCCCUCCUCUUACUCAUUUUCCUAUGCCCUUCCACUCCUGGCUGUUCCUCCAAAGCAGCCCUCCACCCCUCCUCCAGACCUGUCCUCCUCAUCCUCCUAUACCACCACUUCCCCCUGCAUGCCUCUCGCACCUGAGAGGGACACAUUCGCCGGGCGCCUCUCCAAGGCCCUGGAGACAGUGCUACCCCUCCACACUGCCUCCUCUCUGCCCAGGGCCAGGCAACGGAGGGCCAGCCUACCUGCUCUGUUCUCCACCCCUCAGCAUUCAAUGCCGCACCCCUACAGUGGAGGAGCAGGAGGAGGAGGAGCAGGAGGGAGCAUCCCCCUCUCAACUCUCCCAGACCCCACUACUAUUUUCUUCCCCUCAAUCCCUGAGCGGCCCAUUUCCUUCUCACCUCCUCCCACUGGGCCUCCUAAGGCCUACAACUCUCAGAGACGCAAGAGCACGUCCAUUCUGGAGGCGCAUACCCGACAUUUCCAGCCUGCCUACACUCGCUAUGGGAGCAGCCUACAUCCCUUUUCGGGCAUGGAGGGUGUAGAGCCCCCAUCUCUCUACAUGGUAAAUCCUGGUUUUGCAGCAGCUGCUCAAAGACUUGGUGUUGGGGAGCCGCUGCAUCUCCCAGGACAAUCGGACCCAAGCAUGUACGGCUAUAAAGACAUGAGAGCAGAGCAUGAGGAAGCAGUGAGGAGAUUAAGUCUUAACCAAGCUGCCUUAUUGGACCAUUAUGAAGCAAUGGCAUAUGGAGGAUACCCAAUGACUGCACAUCAGCUUGGCCACUUGAGUUUCCAUCAGCAGAGACAAGCAGCAGCUGCAGCUGCUAGUUUGGUGUUUGAUCCUGUUCCACCACCGCAACCAGGGUUCUUGCACCCACACAUCAUGCAAAGAAUGAGUGCACACAGCCCAAUCCCUACACCUUUACCUCCCAUGAAUGUGUCCACCGGUGGUUCUGUUCCUUCUUCAUCAUCUGAUGGAUGCUAUCCUCCACCACAGCAUGCUUCCACUUCUGCUUUCCCUAUUUCCGCUCCUCCGGUAAUGGCUGACGCCCCACCAUCAAGUGGCAGCGUGUUUGAGUUCCAUUUAGCUGCUGCCGCUGCAGCUGCUGCCGGAGACCCAAGCCUCCUGGCAUCCAGACUUUUCCGGGCCCGAAGGAGCUCCAUGGACCUCCCCCUGGAUGACAGCCCCGGAACCGGAUCAGGUGGUUCAGGCACGUACAGCCGUCUACAACCAGUGACAGAAGAGCUGUACACAUAUGUCAGUCCCGAGCUUCCCUUACCUCCAGGAAGUCUUCUUCUUCACCACACAGGUUUAACCGUAAAAGACAGAAGCCCAGAACCUUCUAGUGACUCUUUGGCUUCCUCUGAUGCCGGGGAGUUCCAGUCACCUCCUCCCCCACCUCUCCUCCCUCCAUUCGACUCCUCAGCCGCUCAGUCCAUCCCUCACUCAUCCUCCGCUGCGCUCUACGAUUCAUCCGCCGGAGUGUUUCCCAUAGAUCCCCAGGGACACCCACCCUCCAUGCAGAGCUUUCUCCCUCCCACCCCAUCCUCCGAGCUUCCGCUUGGGGGAGUCUCAUCAACUCAGCUGGAGUCUCUGAUCCAGAGUGCCUGGGCCCGGCAUGGCGGGGUGGUACCAGCCCAACCCGAUAUGACAUACCAUGAGUCAUUGUUGGCCAUGCAGGCCGCUAACCCCACUCUGCAGCAGGUUCAGACUCCCACCCCCCAGCCCUCUCCAGGACCCCCUCUGGUCUCUGCCACCACCCAGCCAGCUCCUCCUGGAACCUCCCAACAGGUUGUUUCAUCCAAUCAGAGCAUCACAGCAGUUCAGAGCCCCACACACACAUCUCUGCCGCAGGCGUCUGUACAGCCCAGUGUAACUCCAUCUACCGUUUCCUUGGUGACCCUGCCCUCUCCGUCACCAUCCCUCCCUGUCACCAUGCCGACAGUGGUCGUGGCGUCCCCUCCCUCUCCUCUGUCACUCUCUGUUGGGGUGGUGCCUACUAUUAUUUCUCCUCCUUCUCCUCCUCCUCCUUCUCCUCCUCCUCCACCUGUGCCCACACCUGCGCCUCUGCCACUGGCAGCCGUGGUGCCAAUCAUCAGUGUAGUCACCGCCCCGCCUGAUACUCCCAUGGAAGCCCGUCCCCAGUCUGCUUCUCAGUCUUCAGAGUUGUCCCAGUCCCAACUACAGCCACCUCAAGUUCUCUCAUCUAUAGAGAGUGGCCACUCUGAGACUUCGGGUCUGAGCGACGGCAACGAGGGAGGAGGAGGAGGUCGCCAUGAAGGUCGCUCCACCAAGCGACAUCAGAGACGUUCAGUACGAAGUCGAUCACGGCAUGAGAAGCUCUCCAAGGCGAAACUCAAUGUCCUCAAUAUCUCCAACAGAGGAGACAGGGUAGCAGAGUGUCAGCUGGAGACCCACAACAGGAAGAUGGUGACUUUCAGGUUUGACCUGGACGGAGACAACCCUGAGGAGAUCGCCCAGAUCAUGGUCCAGAGCGAGUUUAUUCUGGAGAGUGAGAGGGAGUCGUUCAUUGAGCAGGUCAGAGAGGUGAUAGAGAAUGCUGAUGAGAAGGGUCUGGAGAGAGACACAAACAGCCAGAUGGCGGGUGAUAAAGAGCAGCAGAUUCCUGCUAUAUCUGUCCCCAUGCCAGACAUCCCUCCCAGUGCAACCGCACAAGUGGUUCACUCAGCAGGUCGAAGGUUCAUCGUCAGUCCUGUACCUGAAGCCAGGCUGAAGGAGCAAAUGUUUCCCACCUCGCCUUCUCCUGCCCCUGCACCUCCUGUAGAAACAGUUCCCCCAGCUUCGGCUCCAGCUCCAUCUCAGACUCCAGGUCAAGGUUUGACGUUGUCCCAGUCUGCUGGAGCAAUCAGUUUGCAACAAGCCUUCUCUGAGCUCAGACAGAACCAGAAUCAGUUUGAUACUGGGCCCAGCACCGCCCCGGCUUCCAUCCACUCCACCCAUCCUCCUCUGCAUCCUCUAGCAGCUUCUGUCCCCUCACAGGCUAGCACAGUCACUCCUACUGUGGAUGCUACUGCUGGUCUUGUCCCUUCUAAUAUAAUCCAGGCACAGGAGCAGGUCUUGGAGCCCUCUCUUCCUGCCCUUUCCACCUCCUCCACCCCCUCCUCUGUGCCCGCUGUCUGCCCUCCUUGUUCCUCCUCGCCUCCUCCUACUGUGGUGAAUCAGUCCAUCCUUCAGUCACAGGUACUUUCACAGCCAGGGAUGCAGGCUGUGCCCCAACCUCAGGGACAGGUGCAGGUCCAGGGACAAGCACCAAUUCAGCCCCAGGGUUUCAUACCGCCUCCAUCUCAAACUGUUUCUGCUGUCAUUGCUACUUCAGUACCUUCCACUUUACCAACGGCGAGCAUCCCCCCAACAAUGCUCACCUCCCCUCCUCCCACUCAGACUGCUCCCAGUGUAUCCUCCCCUCCCUCCUCCACUUUUACAGCCAGUGAAGUCUCCUCAGAUCGCCAGUCAGUCUCUCCCACCACCUCCUCUACCCCUACCCUCUCCUCCACUGUCAUCCCCACUACUGCCAUCCCAGGCCCCCAGCUUGCUCCCUCUGCCGCCUCCCACCCCUCUCCCCCUCACUCCUCUUCCUCUGUUGUGGGGCUCCAACCAGUGACCACAAAUGUUCCUUCGGUCCAACCAACUUUGGUCCACUCUCAGCCGCAGACAGCAGCCCUGCCUGGGCAGACGCACACACACUGUGGGGAAUGCGAUGCAAGGUGUGAGGGGUCCACUGAGUCCCAAGGCAAACCAGAUGACAUCCAAGCCCUGGAGAAGAAGCUGCGAUCUCUCUUUAUGGACCUGGGUGGAGGAGUUCCACCCACCCAGGGAGACAUCUUAGCUGACCCUGCAUCUGGAGGCUCAGCGGCAGGUACCUCAUCCCCAAUGGGCCCCUGCUCUACCUCCAGCACAUCUGUUACCACACCUGGCUCCAGCCAGCCAUCCAAUCCCCCUCAGCCACCCUCCAGUCUAGCACUGGGGUCACCUGUUCCAAUCCAGUGUCCGGGAACACCUAUCUCCACCCCUACACAGAUCGCAUCUACAGUCAUCCCUGCUUCAUCCUUUGGCCAGACCACUCCAUCCAAACCCACCUUAUCCAGGGUACAGGCCAGUUCUCCUCCUUCAGAACUCCUGCCAUCUUUCCCUGGACCUUGUCUAAUACAGUCCCAGCAGCCUCUGGAGGACCUGGAUGCUCAGUUGAGGAGAGCUCUGAGCCCAGAGACUGUUCCUGUCAGCACACACACACAGGCUUCUCACAGUGGAAUACCUUUAGUUGGACAAAUUCCCUUCUCUCUGGAAGAAGAAGCUGUGUCCUCUCCUGGUGCUGGAAUUAAAUUGGGAAGAUUUCAGGUCUCACCAGCUGCUGAGGAGCCUACUGUCAACCACCCGGCCUGCACUGAAUCAUCCUCCACCACCUCGUCGUCCUCCUCGUCUUCUUCCUCCUCGUCCUCCUCCAGCCUCUCCAGCCCAGAGAAUACACUGCACAAGGACUCCUCGUCUCCACUGAGAGACGGAGGAGGAGGACAAGGAGGAGAUGUUGUAGAUGGGCUCCCCAAAAGGACUCUGGGAGGGUCUCACCACCCCUCCCCCUUCACUUCACCCUGCCCCUCUCCUAAGCCCACCACUACCAUCGGACGCUUCCAGGUUACCACCAACCCAGAGGCCCGUGUUGGUAGGUUCUCAGUAAGUCGCGCCCAGGAGCAGAGCCUCGAGUCCAGGCAGGCCCCCCCACCCGCUGCCCAGGCUUCCAACGGACCCAGUGAUCCUGGGCAGUUUUUGAGUCCAGACUCCAUUCAUAAAACCUCACUGCCAAGUCUAAACAACAACUCCUUCAAUAACUCCUACAUCAGCAGUGACAACGACUCUGAAUUUGAGGAUGAAGACUUCAAGCGGGAAGUUAGCCGCCUCAGAGAAAAACACAUGCGUGAGAUUCAGGCCCUCCACUCCCGCCAGAAGGACGAAAUAGACAGUCUCUUUACCAAACUCGGGAAGGUUCCUCCAGCCGCAGUGCUCCCGCCAGUUAUAACCUUGACUGGCAGGAGAAGACGACCAACCAAAAGCAAAUCCUCCAAAUCGUCCAGAACCAGCUCUACACACGGCAGCAAGAGUCCGUUACAGCCAGGCAGCACUUUAUCCGCCCAGAGCGUCCCCACCAUGUACCCCGGCCAGCUGGCUCUGUUAGCCCCAGGAGGAUUACCCGAUUCGGCCAGCAGUACUCUGCUCCAACCACUCAAACCCUCUCCCUCCAGCAACAACCUGUGUUCGGCCUACACCAGCGAAGGGGCACUCUCUGUGCCCAGCCUGUGUGCUCCCACCCCAGGCUGUGUAAAGUUCAGCUGGGGUUCGGAGCGUUUGGCCUUCAAGCCUGGCGGCAGGAGGACGCGCUUUCUGAGUACGCCCUGCUUGGCUCUUUGGAAGAUGGUGAAAAAAGUCUGCCCCUGCAACCAGCUCUGUAGGACUAACAGCACCAAUGCAGUGAGCGGUUCAGGUGGUUUGGGUCAGAGCCAGGGAGGUUCUCAGUGUCUGCCCCCCAACAUGUCAGCCCCCCACCAGAGGAAAGGAACGUUCACCGAUGACCUUCAUAAACUGGUGGACAACUGGGCCAGGGAUGCCAUGAACCUCUCACAGGGGAAGAGGAGUGCCAAACAGCUGCAGCAGGCCCCAGCACAGGGACACAGCUACGAGGUUAUCCAGUCAGCCAGUCUGGGCAGGAAGUACUCUGCUCCCAGCCAGCUGUGUACCAGCAGCAUUGGAGGUUCAGCCCACCUCCCGACAAACCCCACCACCGCUACCUCUCUGGCCACCCGCAAGGGUUCCCUGUGCCACUCCCCUGCCUCCUCCACUCCACCUCAACCCCAGCCUCCCCAGUUCAUUCACUACGCCCCCACCGCCGCCUACAGCGCGCAAUGGUCUGGUCCGGCUCACGGCCUGUCAACCCCACACCAGGCUCCAGCACAGCCUGGGCCUCUACUUGUCAGCACUUCCCAGCCCCUGGGCCCCUAUCCCGCUACGGUUGGUGGACAGGGCCAGAUUCCCGGGCAGGGACCGCUCCAGGCUUUCCAUCUGACCAACACUCUGCAGAAGUCAGUCAGCAACCCAGGAGGACCCAACCUGAGGACCACGUAGGGCUGGGGGUGAGGGCUGGUUUGAAUUACGGCCCGACUGGACUGGACCGGAGUGUAAUGCGCUUGAUUGGCCGGAGAGGAUGGAAGAACCAGAGUCUGGAGAGCGAGGAGUUUGACAAGACAGAAGCUGACCUGUUCAAGAGUAGAAAAGAAAAGCAGGAAGUGAGGAGGAGAGAAGGAAUCAGGAAUAGCGAUGUGGCCAAACUCCACAGUUUUCAUGACGCAUCUUGCUGUCGCAGACACAAAUGCAGUCACACAAUCUCCCUUUCUGCAGUGUUUGACUGUGUUUGAUUUGUGACAGCCAGCCAAAUGCUCAAGGAUAAAGGAAAAGACUCCUGUGUGUGCAAUGUUAAAAGGCCAAAGAGGUUUCGACAGGGUGCAGGACUGGUGUUAAUAACAGCUUGUUGUUGUUGUUGUGAGGUAUUGUGUAUAGGCACGUGUAGCUCGAUGACACUUGUUCCAUUUCAUGCUCUAAAUUGAGUGAACAAGUCUUUACAAGGCUGGUCACACCAUCACCGUCAUGAGAUGGUGGAGGGAAGAUGUUGGAUCAGGUUGAGAAAUGUGAUGGCUAACUGUAGUCCUUGUGUCCACAAAAAAAAGAUGUAACCGGCAGAGGGGAUUAUGGCUGGCCUUCACAUUAAAUGAAACACUUUAUGAAGUUAAGCAGUGACAGCAUCAUUUUCCAUCCCUUAGAUUCAUGCAUCCGAGGAAGGCUGCUCAUAGCAGCAGACAAAGGCCUUGAGAGCAGAAUGGAGAGAUAUUUAAAACAUCUUCAGUUCAGGGAGUGUUUUUUUCUUCAGUGUUUAGAAUUUGGACAUUUUAUUUAACCAUUAAAAGCACAAAAAAACAAAUCCAAAACAAAUCAAACGCACAUUGAGAAUUCGAAAGCCUGAAGCCGAGCUGACCUCGAGCCUGGUUUUAGAGUAGUCCAGCACUUGACCUGUCAGCUUGAGAGGAAAUCGUGACAGCCGCUCCACUUGUUACCUUCUGUGUCUUGUUCCUCCCUUGUUUGUUUGUCCAUCAUCCAAACAGAUGGAGAAGAUAAAGUAGAUGAAGAGCAGCAGGAGAGUGUUUGCGUUAAAUAACGGUCAAACACCUCAUCUGUUUCAUGUUCCACUGCUUACUUCCGGGAACAUAACUGGCUGCGUGUACCAUCGCUAAAGUACUGGAUGGACAUGACAGAUGCUUCUGCGCACCGAACGCCUCUUCACCGUCACGACUCCACCUCUUCCUCCAUCCCUCUCUCUCCGCCUCUGUUUUGCCAUUUAAAGCAAUAACAGCAGAAACCUUUUAGAAAAGAAAAGCCCAAACAUGAGAGAACUCAGCGUGAAAAAGUGGCCUUGUUAUCAUAAUAAUAGAGUUCCUGUACAGUUUGUGUCUGUUUAUUUUUUAGAAUGUCAGCUAUGAUGAUUCCAUUUUGUCGUUUUAUUUUGUUUUGUUAGGUUUGUUUUGCUUGCUGCCCCCGAGCUAGCAAUCUCACACAAUGCAUGGGACAUUCAUAUGAACACACACACACACACACAUCUGCAUACACACACACACACCGUCAUGCACAAGACUCAUGUAAAUACAAACACAUUGUUGGAGGCAUAGCAGCCAUUUAACAGACAUAGAUUCACAGACUAAUGCCUCAGUUCUCAUUGUCAUCAUUAGAUUGAUUUCAACAUUUGUGUUGAAAUGAUCGCAAUGUACAUUAUUGUCAUGAUUAUUGUUGUUAAUGAUUAUUAUUCUAUUUAAAAAGAAACAAAAAACAAGAACGUGUUCUGUCAAUGGACCUGUUAUACGCGCACAUCGGUGUACGAUGUGGAAACACUGUGAUUAUUGUUGUUUAUUAUUAGCAAAUGUUGUUGGACAACAUUAGUUUUAGGGUGAAACGUCACAAAUUAAAAAAAGAAAAAAAAGCAUACAUAGAAUGGCUUUGGGGUCCUUUCGCUUUCAAUUCACUGCUUUUCAGCAAAUGGAUUCUCAUUGAAUUGAUUGAAAAAUCCCUCUCCUCAAUAAUCGUCCUUACAUCCAGUUACCGAGGACACGAUCCAAAACCGAUGCCUUACCGACAACAAAUCAACUGCGGUUUCAGUUCAUCUUCAGAGCUGAUUGAAUUGAAAGUCGAAACUGACCUCCGAGCCCGAUUAUAAAGACAAACCGGGGUGAACGGCAGGAUAGUUGAUAUUUAGAUAAUAAAGUAAUGCUAGCUAUUUUUUUUCUUAAUACAGUACUUAUAUAUCAGACACUUUAAAUAGCCCUCCUCUUCCCUUACUCCCCUGGUUUUGUUAGAUGAAUGUGAAUGUAUAAACCAAUGGUGUCCAUUUUAAUGUACUUGAAAAAAAAAAAAAGUAUGUCUUUUAAUUUCUGCUUUCUUUCGCUUCUCCCGACCCCCCACCCCUCCUAGAGCCUCCAGGUAAAUACUGGUGGUACUUACUAGUGCCUUGCAUCCUUCCUGUUGCUUGUUUCGUUUGGGGAGGGGUUGGGUUAAAGUAAGCACACUUAACAACAUGUGUGGAGAGUUUUGGGGUGUCACUUUGAAGACAGUGGUGAUGAUUUUGACCUGGUGUUAGUGGAGCAGGCAUUCAAUAGAUGAAAAUAUAAAGGAGAUGCAGUAAUGUUGUUAGCUCUUACUGCGUGUGCUACAGCUGGUUUGUGGUUAAUUCUCUUUGAUUUCAACUAAUUGAAAGUGUGUUUUCCCCCAAAUAGGCAAGAAUGGCUCCCCGUGAAUGACAAAACAGAAAAUCAUAACUGUUAACCAUAUAACUUUGCUCUUUGAAUUGACUGUGUCUAAAGCCCGGUUACACCACCAACGUGAUAAAAGAUUGAGAGAAUGUGAGAGUUUAUCAGUGCCAUUUUUUUCAGGGUUUAAAAUGUAGAUAUUGGGAAGAAAAGAAAAAAAAACGGGUGGCAAUAUUUUUUCAGUUAAGGAGGAAGUUGUUGAAGAUUGUAUUUGAAGCUUGGACCACUCUGUACUUUAAAGGCACUGGGCCAGGUGCAGGAUACAGUCAGCUUAGGACGCAUUGGUACAAUGAAACUAAAGUUACUUUGUUUUAGUGUUGAAGUAUCUCUAGUGUUAUAUAGACUUAUGUUUUUACCAAAACUAAUGAUACUGUGGCCUCUGGAUUAAGAAACUAAGUCUCCUGCCCUGGUUUUGAGCACAAUUGUAUUAUUAUUCAGUGAAUAGUGAGUGCAGAGAAACAGUGUUUUGUUUCACAAAUUUUACUAUAUGAGGCACAUUUACUAUAAACUUCACUUAGAUUUGCAGUGAAAUUGCUACAAAAUGGUGAAAGGCCAUCCUCAAUCUGAGCGGCAUGAAUACAGAAGACAUGAUCACAAACCCGAUUAGAAUAUUUACCACACAGAGUUUAGAGUUUGACACUCGACAACUCAGCUAAUCAGCUUUAUCAGGACUGUGUGGGUGUGUGGUUUGAAUCAGAUUUGAUUGGCAGAGCCAAAAAAAAAACCCCAUCAACUGUCAUUAGAUGCUGAUUCAAAUGUUGCUGAACCCUGACUGGUGCACAAACGUUUCUUUUUCCAUCUGAGCCCUGCUCACUUUAAACCAAUGAGAAGAGAACGUGUCCAGACCUUUGGCACAACAUUUUUUUUUAUAUAGGUUCCCAUCACUCAUAAUAAGAAACUGAGACUUUAAGUGUUAAGAGCAGCAUAAUAACCCAUUAUUAUCCAAUUUCUACCCCACUUGAAAAGAUGUCUGCUAUAGAAUUGCUGCUAUUGGGCAAAAAAAGCAUGUGUGCAAAAGGUAUGAAUACUGUCUCAUCCACUUCUCUUCCCACUGUGUGUCUGCACCAUCAGGGUUUAACAGGUUUGAAUCACAGAAAUAAAUUUAUAUAUAUUUAUACCAAAAAUUAAGAAAAACAUUAAACAUUAUGAAGGCAUCACAGUGCUAGAGGUGGUGUUGGUGGUGGUGAUGAUGAUUGUACUGGUGGUGAUGACGGUGGUUAAAGUGAUAGUGAUACUGGCGGUUUUAGAUUCAACGCCUUUGACACCCUAUCCUUUUUUUUCUCUUUUCAUUUGUGUGUGCAAAUGAAACAUAUCUGGUACAAACUUUGACAUUCACUUAUCAUCUGUUUUGUUUUGUUUUGUGUUGCUGGGAAUGGGUGUUCUGGAUUCACAUAAAAACAUGAAAUGGUUACUUUGUAAACUUCGAAGAAAAGAAGAAAAAAAAAACAUCGCUUAUGCCUGUUUUUUGGGGGGAUAUUUUCCAUUUCUCCUGAAUAAUAAUGCAACAUUUUUACUACUAGGCAAGUUUGGUUGAAGCUGUGAAUAAUCAUUGAGCCACUUUGCUUUUAAUUCUGGUUAUAAGAAUUCUGUCGAUGAUGAUCUGUUAUAAGAAGUCAAACCUUUAAUGAUGCCACCAACUCUGUGCCAUUUGACGUGUUGUCAGUGGAAUGGAAACAUCAGAGGUAAACAAUUAAAAAAACUGAGUGUAUUUACCUGAUUUUACUCACUGGAGCUGGUUUGGUUGCCAGGCGACAUCCUGGAUUUUCACUUUGCGAAUGCUCGAGCCUCAAAUGAUUUCCACAGUAGAAGUUUGAUGAUACUUUGCUGUGUCUCUACCACAUAAUGACUAUGAAAAGAAUGCCUACAGCAAUGCAAUAUUAUUUAAGGUUACAGUAUGCUGUCAAGCUCUGAGGUUACAGUUGAGUUUGAUAGUUACACCCCCACUGGAGGACUUUUUAAAGCUAAAGAGUUAAACUUCGGUGGGUGCAAUUCUUGUGAAGUUGUUUUAGGGUGUUUUAGUGGAGGGCUCUUACUGUGAAAGGCUUUGAGAGUUAUCCAGUGUGGGCACUCUUAUUGUGAAGUUUCCUGAAGUUAAAGUGGAAAGUAGGCUUCUUUUUUUUUCUGGUGACACACAUACAGUGUAGCAAUAGUUGUUUUUAACUCACUUGCAUUAGAUUAAGUUUUUGCCUGUUCGGGACUUGCUAAGCUUUUAUGCGUUUUACUGUAGAAGUGCCCACACAGUGCACACA